UAUUUUUUUUGCCUGCCCCAAUAUUUGCACAUUCCCUGUCUUUUUUUUGUUGUUGUUGCUGUCGGUUUUUGGUUUUGAGCAGUCUUCAUUAAGUCUUUAUUAAGGCUGAUCAUACAAUUUCCAUUGAACAGGUAGCUACACAGCAAACCCUAAGUUUGCUAUAAAUUAUAAUAUAUCUAAUACUAAGUCCUAGUAUGCAUAUAUUUUAAAGGUCAGAGUGGAUGUUUUAUAACAUUUAAGUAUAUUGCAAUUGUAAAUAGAAGAUGUGUAAAAUAUGUCAUUUUUACAAAAUUUAAAAAAUAUGUUUUUAGUUAAUUAUGGCCGUACUAAGAAUAUGGAUAACAUUUCAGUUACCAUUAUAUUAAAAUAUUUGUGUAUGUGUAUAAAGGUGUCCAUAAGACUUCCUCUGUAAGGACCUGUGCAUCAGUUCAUUCCCGUAUCGUUACACUGCAGAGCAGUGGAGAUCAGGAUGCCUCUUGCUUCCUGUCUGUGCAUUGUGUUAUGGUCUCUGAUGAGGGAUGUUUAUGACCAUCUGCAGAAUAUGGCUUCAGAUUGUAGGUGUGGUCUUAAACUGGGGUCACCUUGAAAAAUAAGGGUCGUGUAGUCCUGCUUGAGGCCAAGGAAAUCUCUGCUCUUCUUCCCUUGAAGUUUGCAUUCCCAAGUUUGCCCACAGCCUGUUGGGAAACUACAUGCCUCUGGUGAGAUGGUUCUGCAUCAUGUUGGGAUGAAGUAGAACUAGUCUGCCAGCUCUUCGGAGUUCCUUUUAACCGCAGUUCCCCCACAGUCCUUCUUGUUUAUUCCUCUGCCAGGGCCCUGUGCUAUCUGCAGUACAUAGAGAAGGAAAUCCACUCCACUGUGACUGAUGUGUCACCAGCUCUGCAUUCCCACGAACAAUCCCAGGUGACAAAGGAAUACCUGGUUCUUGUGAUUGUCCAUCCACUCGUGCCAUGCAGUGUGUUCACAGGGACAGCAGUGUGCAACCACAUAGUGGGAUGGGGAACCUGACAUGCUUCUUAUCCCAUCCUCAGGAAGUCCAGCACUGCUCUUUAGACACUGUGCUGUUUGAAAACAAUUAUCCUAUGCAAAGGAGUGAUUUGAGCCCAGGUUUUAACCUGCUUUAUGCUGUAUAUGUAUUAAUUGAUGGAAUUACCUGAUGAUUUAUGUGGAUGGGGGGAAUGUAGUCAUUGGUGAUGGCAGCAGGAGCCCCCAGCAUGGGGGAGGUGGGUCUCUGAGCUCCGGGCCUAAAGUCCUGUUCUCACUGGGUUUCAGAUUUGUUUGAACUCACUGGAUUCAUCCCAAGAACUCAGCUUGCAUUUACUGUGGUUUGUGUUAAUGGAGGGGGGUACCUCAGAAGCCAUCAAGGUGAUUUCUAAUUAAUAUUAACAAGAACUGAGCAACUAAAUCUGUUGGGCUUCUUUGGAAACAACAUGUAUUGCUAAAGGAUGGUUUGCACUGAGGGACACAUCAAACUGACACUAGGCUGGGGAGAUCCCUGGAUUGUUUUCUCAAUUACUUGAACUCAAAAUGGGUUUCAUUUUUCAGUCUAAGAGUUGUGGGGUUUGUUUUGUUUCAUUUUGAGCAGCCAGCUUUGCAGCCUUCUCAGGGGUUGAAAAAUGAGCCCCUAUGCUAGCUAUUACCUUAUUACUGGUAUCUGAGAUGAUCAGGCUUGAAUUUCAUUAUUGCAGAUGGCAUUUGCUCUCCUGCUGUGUUUGAGCACUUUCAACAUAGUUGCAUGAAAGCAAUUAGCAGGCAUUAGCUUUGAACCAGGACUACAACAGGGAGAGAGACAAAACAGUAACCAGGAAUUUUUCUAGCUUUCAGGGGAGAAGAUGACAAAUGCAGAAGAAUGUGAGGCUGUAGAAUUGUUACAAAAUGUGGUUUGUUGCUUUGCUGCCACAAAAUUCAGCUACCAGAACUACAGGGGAUGGAUGCUUCAGAGCUGAAUCCCACAUCCACCCCAGUCUAUGGGCUUUUAAAAUCCUAAACACGUUGUCCAUUAUGUCAACCAGUUCUGAAUAAGAGAGCUCUUAUGCGUGAGCUGAGAAGGUACAAAACAGAAGAGCCACGAUUUCGGGGCAGGAAUAUUGAGUUUUCAGAAAUCUGCCUGAGUCUGGCAGUGAUCCUUGGCUUCUGGAGCAAGAGGGCAAGCAGGCUGGCCCAUGGUGGUGGGCUCCUCCUGAGAGCGUGGGGCUCUGCCUUGUGCAGGCCUGUCACGCUUUAGAGCAGUAAAUAGCUUCAUGGAAGGGAGAGAAAAAAGUCAGCAUGCCUCAAAGCUGUUCACAGCAGAUUUGUGAAGGACUGAUAGUUUGCAGUGAGUAAUCAAGACAGAAGCCAAUCACUCGUCAGUUAUGACUGGAUAGACCCUUACUGACACCAUUGCUCUUUUUGUGCCCUGCAGUAUGACUUUGAUAUGAGAAGUGAUGAAAUAUUCUGCUGCUUGAUUUACAAAUGUUAUUUGUGUAGGAAAUUGUUUCUCUCUGUGCUUAGAACUGAGGUAGCACACGUGGUUUCCUGCUGUGCUUGCGCUGAUGCUGGAGGAGAAUGUGUGGAUUUUUAAGGCCGGAUGCUUCCUUGUACCUUUUACAAAGUAGUCUGGAGCACAGACAGGUGCAGCCCUCUCUCAGGCUUCCAUCCCAACACCUCUAGGAGAUGCUUUCUGCAGAAGUGCUCAUUAGCAUGGUGUCCAGAUCUCAUCUUUGAAUGCAGCCCCAAGAAGGGCAGGACUGCUGGCAACAAAGCAGUGCUCCCGUGGCCAGUGGCUGCCCUGGGCUGGCACUGAGGUGAAGGACACUGCAAGCAGUGGGGUGUCCAGCACCAGAGGGUGACGCAGAGCUGAUGUAUGAGGAGGGAGCUUCUUGUGCUCCUUGGGGCCAGGAGCUGUGCUCAGUUUUGUACUGUGUCAGGUACUGGAGUCCUGUUUUUGUUUUUUUUUUUACUACAGUGCAAAUGAAUAAUGUCUUUCACAUUUCAUAGCAAGCUUAAUGUAUCUUUUUUUUUUUUUUUCCUAGGAUGCGUUAAUUAGCACUAAGGUCUUUCAUACAAUCUAACCUAUUUGAGGAAGACAGCACUCUGAUUCCCAGGCCAGCUGUUCUUUUGCCAUCUUAGCAGAACAUCUCCCUCGCAAAUCUCCUCUUCAGCUCUCCUAUGAUGCCUUUGCAUCAUGAACUGCUGCCUGAGUCAUGAAUAAAUAUCACGGUAUGGAAAUUAGAGGGAAAACACCUGUAACUUAACUCCUGGGCAGACUGAGGACUCUGGAGGGAGGAGGCUGGGGAGCUGCCUCCCACUGGUGCACAGACACAGCAGCCUUCCCCACAUUUCUUUCCAGCAUGGCCCGCCCUGGGGAGGCCUUCCUCCUUUGAGAGUCACUUUUCUAUUGUGUUUUGUGAUAGAAACAAGGACUGAGCAUGAUCUUCCAGUGCCAGACACAGCCACCAGGCAUGCAAGUGCCCUGAGUCCCCACUGCCAUUCAGUAUCUGAGAGACACCGAGCCUUCAGGGUGCAGCACCUGGUGCAAGCAGCAAGCUGUUCUGAGCAGUGAAAAUGUAGGAUAAACACCUCCCCAAGCCAAGCACCUACAGGGAUCUGAGACGGGGAGCUCCCAAAGAGGUGUGACCCUGGGACACUCCAUGCCGUGCCCCUCUCUAGGCAGGCUGCUGAGGGCUGGCAGCAGGGGCUCCACGGGCCGCCAGGGCACUGGGGCACAUCUCAGCCUGCUCCUGCUCUUCAACAGCCUCAAAUGGUGGGCUGCCCAGGGCUGUGGUGGAGUCACCAGCCCUGGAGGUGCUCAUGAAAAGGUGUGGCACUGAGAGACCUGAUCUAGAGCAGGCAUGGGCUGAUGGGUGGAUUAGAUGGUAUUAUUGGUCUUUCCAGCAUUAAUGAUUCUAUGAUCAAAUGAAAUCCAGCAAUGUGGAGAAAUUCUGCAGUGGAAAAAAAAAGAAAAAAAUUUAGUGGAAUCUCUCCCAGCACCCCUCCAGGAAUUAAGCAUUAUACAUAUUUUAUGUUUAAUCACAUCUUUAGUGACACCCAACCGCAACCAAAGGCUUAAAUUUCAAUUAGAGGGAGGCGCGUUAAAUGUUUAAUAGGAAUCAUUCCUUACAGGGUAAUUAUAUCUUAACGUUCACUGGAGAGACAGUCUGCUGGCAACGUAAUGUCGGUCUCAACAGGGAUUUCUGUUUUUUGGAUAAUAUCCAAGUGAGAAGCAGGGUGGUGGCGUGCAGUGCUGUGGAAGGCCAUGCGUGGUUCCAUGGCCCUGCUCAUGGGCUGAUGGUGGCUGCGUGAUGCCAGCAGGGCUGCGCUGGAAACUAAGGCAGGUGAGAUGCACUGCAGCUUUGAGCACAAUGCUUUGGGUCUCGGUACAAAAAGCGCUGCACAUGUUGAAAUCAGGCAGUGGCUGCGUUGAAGCUUAGCUUUGAACAUUUUUUAAACCGGUGUCUGACAACUCGAUAUUACAGCUGUGAUUGAUAGGGGAGGAUGAAUCUUCAGGACAGAUGAUCUAAUGAGGAUAAUUUAGAAGCAUUUGGUUUGUGUUUGAAUGUAUUUCCCAAUUUCUAGCAAGUUUAGUAUGUGGUAAAAUUUAAAUUAUCACAGAAAAAAUGAGUUUUAUGCACUCAUAAUGAACAAAUUAAAGCCAUAAAAUGAGCUUUGAAGCAAGGCGGUUAAAACUGAAGGAUGUGAAUAAUAUUAAAUGCAAGCAGAGAUAAGGGAUUUUGAGAAAGCAUCCAAGCAAUAGGGAAAGGCAGGAAGGAGAAGGAUAGAAAAGGAAAAGAAGAAAAGGAAGGAAGGAACAGAAUGUGUUUCUCAGUUAAGUGAAUUGUGCUGAGAUAAAUAAAAUUAAUCCAAAAGACAACAAAUAGGUAAGCUCAUGUAGAACUGUUACCAUGACUGUGGAAGAUCAUCAGCUUCACAUCCAGGUCUACAGCCAGCUGCUGGUGCACUCCUGUGGUCCUGGCAUGGCUGGGCAGGCUGGGGGGAGGCUGAGCGAUGGGUGUCCUUCAGGACAGGAGUUGUAGUCCCCAUGGGACACAUACGUGGUUGCUGCAUACAUUGUGUUGAUGUUAUUUUUUGAAAAUUCUCAAUAAUGCACAACAUUUUCACAGGUGAAUGCUCCCCCCUGAAUGCUACAAUGCUGGCAGUAAUGAAGUGCAUGUUUCCCUUUCAUUCUAUCAGUUUCCCAUCAAGCUGAUAUAAGAUGCAUUUUCUGUUUGCGCUUUGAGCUCUGCUUUCCAGCUGCUUUAGUUAGCAACAGUCACUUGUUGCUGUGACUGAGCAGAGACCAUGAGCGUGGAUUAUUUCCAAAGCAAGGAGAAAUCUUGGUGAGCGAGAUGAUCCAUGUGGAUGGGGCACAUGCUCCCUUUUGCUAACACGGCUCAUGGUGCUCUGCAUUCCUGGCCCUGUGCCUCAAAUUUAGGAGCUAUUCCUCAUUACCAAGCCAUUACUAUGACACUACUCCUAGCAAUCUGUGACCUUGCAAUAUAUUUUCAGGACCUUUAACAGUCCUAUGGCACUUCCUACAGUUUCAGUCACGUAAGCAUUUUUCAGUGUACGUAUGCAGGUUGCAUACAGAAUCAUAUUGAGAUGGGUAUAUAUAACGCAUGCAUUUUAUGUGGUAUUUUUUGUUUGAGAGUAGAAAAUUGAUUAAGAAAUGACUCUUCCAGAUUUUAGGAUUUCUGCUUUGCACUGCUCAGUAACCCAUGAGUCCAUCUCCCAUAAGUGACUACUGCUUUACUUUGUAAGCCCUCCCAUCCCUGUGUGGGUAGCUAAAGGCCCCGUUCCAAUUUAUGAAUGUCUCCUGCUGCACGUAUUUUCAUGCACGAGAGGCAGGUUUGUGCCCAGCAGCAUAUGUUGUGCUUGUAGGGAGCUGCCACACAGCAGAUAAACUCCCACUGCUGUGGACCAACCUGCGGCUGUUUAAAGGGAAAGGAACCUGGAGGCAUCAAAUGCCACGUGCAGGCAUUGAAGUGCUCUUUGAAAGUAUGAAGUGUUCCUAUGGAUGUGCUCAGCUGUCCAAAAACACAGUUAAGGUUUCUGGAUGUGACUUGUGCACCUCAGUGUUUCCCGUGUUCAGGUUAAGCUGGUUUUCAGAGAGAAUUGAGCAUCCCCUGCUGGAAUUGAGACCCUUUUCAGAACCUGGAGUACUCAAGAGUCAAAGCAGUGCAUGUCAUUGAUCUUUCAUUGCAUGGGAUCUCCUGAGUGUAUGUGGUGCAUGUAUGGGGCUCAGGCAGCCAGGAGAACCAAGAAUGGUUCUGGUAAAACACAAAGGAUGUUCAGUGGACAUUGGCAGAUUACAUACCAGUUAAACAGACAAAUUGCUGUGCCACAGCUGGCUCAGAGAAGCUCCUUCUGCAGAGGUGAAGUUUCAGCUGCGUUGCUGCAGUCAGGUUGUGAUGGCACGGCUCUUCCCACGAGGGCUCAGCAGCUUUUGAAAUCCGUUUUCAGGAGAAAACCCUCACAAACUUCUGCAGACUUCAUGCAGUGUGCCAGGAGUGUGCAAGCAAAAACGUGAGCUCCUCCCAGUGUUUGUAUGUUCGCUGCUGUGAUGCCAGUCAGUAUGCAGCUCAUACAGCCUGUAGGGACAGAGCCAGCCUGCUGUGUGGAAAUCAGGGCACUGCAGCUGCUGCAUCCCUCCAUCUGCCCCAACUGCAGCCCCCUGUUCAGUUGUUUUUAGUGGAAGAGAUCUGGAUGUGGCUGAAGGUGAAUAAACCUCCCCCUGGUUCAGUGUCUUGUGAAGCUUGCUGAAGGAGUUCAGGUGGGAGAAGCUCUGUUGUUUAUGUUAAGUGACUUCAAGGUGUCUCACAUUUGCCUUGGACCACGCUGAAUUUCCACUAGGCUGCAGGUGUGGAGCUGUCUGGUCACAAGGAACGUGCUGACCGGCACAUGGAGCUCCACCGGUUCCACCAGCUCAUCCCCAUGGUGGCCCUUUGCUCCACGUGCAGCAGAGGCAUUGGGAGCAGCAGGGUGAGGUUACAGGUGGAACGCUGUUUCUUUGGAGGCUUUGGUGCAGUGUGAGCUCUGUGCCUGCUGUCAAUCAAGAGAAGAUGAACUGUGGCACAGCAAAGGCCAAGCACUCCCUUGGUGCAGCAGAUGCAGGGUUGCAUUCAUGUAUCACCUGAGGGAUGUGGGCUCCAGGCAGACUCUUCUGCCUUGGUCCCAUGCAAUACCUCAGCCCUGCAGCGAGUGAAGGCACAGGGAAGAGCUCUGCUGGUGGAGCAGCACUGGGCUGUCAGUGAUUUGUGCCAGCAUGUAGGGCUCGGCUCUGAAAAGUGACACUUGGGAUGAAUAAAUCAUGGGCCCUCUCUUAGCAACCCGAAGGCUUCAUCCAGCACUGCUGGUGGUGAAAGAGGGCGCAGGCUCUGCUUUAAGAGCAGGGAGAGCUCGCUGCCAGCUGAGCCGUCACAGUGGGAGGCUGGGGAGGCCAUGGAGGGGAACACACACCUCCUUCAGGUCAUCCGCGAGAUGCACUCCCAGAUCGACAAGCUGGAGCGGGAGAACCGGGCGCUGAAAGAAGAGCUGCGUGCCUGCGGGCUGAGUGCCUCUGUGGGAGGUGGCAGUGGGGAGAUGGGCAGCCUGCCCUGCCCUGCAGAAGGACCCGAUGCAUUGCCCACAGCCCCAAUGGAUCAGGCAGACACCACCAUGACGGUGAGGCGCUACUCCACCGCAGCAUCAGCACCCUCAAGGCCUCACCGUGCCAGCAAGCAGCCCCAGAGCAGCGGGCAGCUGGAGGAGCGGGGCAGGGCCGAGCCGCACGCCUGUCCCACUGCAGCACAGCGCUUCAGCGAUGUGGGCAGAGGCCUUGGGAAGAGCCCAGCCGACUGCUUCUCCAGCAGCAGUUCCAGCAAAUUGAGGCUGUUCCAGGAGCACGUCCGCAGGUGCAGGGGUAAAGUAAAGGCUGUUAGUUUCCUGUUACCAAUGGAUGUGUCUUAUGCUGAAAAUCAAGGUUCUUUCAAAAGCCCGCAAAAUCAGGACACAAAACAGUUAAGUACCAUCACUGAAAAGGAUAUGUGAGCUGGUGAAUUUUUAAAGGCCCAUUGAUUCUCGAGAUAAAUUGGCCUUAAAUGAUAGCUAUGUGUCAGGUUCCUUAUCUGCAAAACGCUUUGGCAGGCUGCCUUCAGAGACUCACCCAGACGAUGUUUCGGGUCACUGCCCUGUUGUUCAGCAAGGAAAUGGAAGCCACGACAAAACUGGCUGGAAGCAUGUAUGCUGCGAUGGAGUCACAUGAUAGCAAAACUCCACAAAGCAGCUUCUGCUCAACACGACUCAAGGCUCCCUCACCUCAGCACUGCUUUAAACAGGAUGUUAAAGCUGGUUUUGCUGUGUUUGUCACAAAAAGCGGAAACCGAGUCACGUCUUGUGUUUGCUGAUCCCUUGGCAGGUGAGGUAUUUGUUGCAAAUGAUGAAGUAAGAGCUGCUAA